AUCGUUCUUCUCAAAUCUCAUCCCCUGUUUUUGAAUUCUUCCAUGGACGAUUCAAUUAGGUCAGUUGAGAAGAUUCUGAAUUACGUAUUCAAGAAUAAGAAGUUACUAGAAGAUGCUCUCACUCACUCUUCUUACACAGUUUCUGAUUCCUAUCAGCGUCUAGAGUUCCUCGGCGACGCCGCCCUUGGUCUCGCCAUCACCAAUUUCUUUUUCAUAAACUAUCCUGAACUUGAUCAGGGCAAGCUUUCUUUCAUCAGAUCUGCAAACAUUAGUACAGAGAAGCUUGCCCGUGUUUCCGUUCGACACAAUCUUUAUCGAUAUGUUCGACAUAAUGAUGCAUCUCUCAAUCAAAAGGUUAGGGAUUUUGUACUUGCUGUAGAUGAAGAAGAUGAUUUUGUUGUGUACGGUGGAUUGGUGAAGGCUCCUAAGGUUUUGGCUGAUAUUGUUGAAUCUGUGGCUGCUGCUGUUUAUGUUGAUUUAGGGUUUGAUUUGCAGGCCCUUUGGAUGGUAUUCAGAGACAUAAUGGAGCCACUUUUCACAUAUGAUAUAAUCCAGAAUCAACCUCAACCUGUGAUGCAACUGUUAGAACUCUGUCAAAAAGAUAGAAAGCAAUUGGAAUUUAGGAACUCUAACGAAGAUGGAAAGAUCAUUGUUAGUGUUUAUAUUAAUGACAUUUUUGUUGCCUCUAGUUCUUCCUUGCAAAGGGACACUGCAAAACUUCAUGCUGCAGAGAUAGCUCUUGAGAAUUUAGGAGGCUAUUCAAGAUGCAGUGACAACGAAUUAAAUUCUUACAGAACAAUUGAUGGUACAAAUGAGAUUGCAGGUGCAAAGCAAAUACUAAUCGAGCUUUGUUCAAAGAAAAGGUGGCACAAGCCCGUUUACUGUGUUGACGAGGAGAUAAGGCCUUCAAAGGGGAAAAGGUAUAGGUGUAAUGUUCGGAUUAAUAUCCGAGAUAAGUUGGUUUCCAGGAUCGGGGAAGAGAAGACUAGAAUAAAAGAUGCCGAAAACUCUGCAGCUUCUUUGAUGAUUCAGAGUUUACAUGAAAAUAAAUAUAUAUGAUGCUUCUUUUAUCUGACAUAUGUAGUAUUGUGAGACAUAAGUGUGUCGAUUUAGCAUUGCGGUUAUUACCAUAUGUGGAAUGUUUGUAUUAGUCUGAUUGAGAUUGUAAUUUUGUUAACUUUGGAUUUCAACGAAUGUAUCAAACUUGGGAUGCAAUAAACCUUUUAACUCA